AUGCGUCCUUCCACCCUUCGUCCCGCCGGGCGAGCUCUCCAAAAACGAAGCUAUUCUACUCCUUCCUCCAAACCUCGUCACCUCCUCACCAUCGCAGAUCUUUCUGCUUCCGAAUUCACAACCUUAGUCCGAAAUGCCUCCUCUCACAAAGCUGCCCUCAAAGCUGGAACUACACCGCCAGCACUCAAAAAUGCGUUGUUGGACAAGACCGUAGCGAUGAUGUUCUCCAAACGAAGCACCCGAACGCGUGUCUCUACAGAGGCGGCAGUUGUCAGUAUGGGCGGUCACCCAAUGUUUCUGGGAAGCAGCGAUAUACAAUUGGGUGUCAAUGAGUCACUCUACGAUACGUCGGUUGUGAUAUCUUCAAUGGUUUCAGCAAUGGUAGCACGUGUAGGACAUCACUCCGAAGUAGCAGAUCUUGCCAAACACUCUUCCGUUCCAGUCAUCAACGCAUUAUCGAACGAUUUCCAUCCAUUGCAGACGAUUGCCGAUUUCCUCACUAUCCAUGAAGCGUUUGGAAAUAAAGAAGGGAAGAAGUUGGGAGUUGAAGGCUUGAAGGUUGCGUGGGUGGGUGAUGCCAAUAAUGUCUUAUUCGAUUUGGCGAUUGCAUGUCAGAAACUGGGGGUCGAGAUUGCGGUUGCUAGCCCAAAGGGUUACGAGAUACCAUCACACAUGAAGGAUUUGAUCAACUCUUCUGCGCCUUUGUCUAGGUCAUUGUUGACCGAAACGACUGUGCCGGAGGAGGCAAUCAAGGAUGCUGAUAUCCUGGUGACGGAUACCUGGAUUUCUAUGGGCCAGGAAGAAGAAUCAGCUAAGAGAUUGAAGGCAUUCGCUGGAUACCAGAUCACUGAGGAGCUUGCCAAAAAGGGUGGUGCAAAGAAAGGAUGGAAGUUCAUGCAUUGCCUACCCAGACAUCAAGAGGAGGUUGAUGAUGCUGUGUUCUAUGGGAAUAGGAGUUUGGUCUUCCCUGAAGCCGAGAACAGAUUGUGGGCUGCGAUAGCUGCGCUGGAGGGGUUUGUGGUCAAGGCUGGAAAGAUUGAAGGAUAG